UUCAGCAGCAGCAGUAGCAGCAGCACCAACUCUCUCAGCCAUGAACACUCUGAUCAUCCUGAGCGCCGUCCUGGCCGUCGCCGUGGCUAAGCCCGGCUACCUGGGUGCCGCCCCCGCCGCAGUCGUCGCCCCCGCCGCGUACGCCGCCCCCGCUGUGGUCGCCGCCCCCGUGCACGCUGGCUACGCCGCCUACGGCCCCGCCCCCGUCGCCGUGCGCUCCGACGGCUAUCUGCUGGACACCCCUGCCGUCGCCGCCACCAGGGCCGCCCACCUGACCGCCGUCGCCCAGACUCAGGCCCGUGACGCCGUCAUCAACGGCGCAGCCCUCGCCUACGCUGCCCGCGCUUACGCCGCCCCCGCUGUGGCGUACGCCGCCCCCGCUCACGUCGCCUACGCCGCCCCCGCUCCACUGUCCUAUGCCGCCCCUGGCGCCCUCGCCGCCGCCGCCCACCUCCACGCUAAGGCUGCUCUGCUGGGCUGAAAUGUCUUUCCAUCUUCCUGUCAGUAACUCUGCUGUUCCUGUACAAAAAAAUUACAAAAAGUAAUAAAGUAUCUAAAAUAAAGCCUUAUUUUGUUUUUCA